AGUUAAAAGUUCGCUGGUGAAAGUCUUUUGCAUGCACCCUGUCCUUACCACUUCGGGUUACUUUCUCUGCACGUCUGACGUCCUACCCGAACAUUACAAUGGAAACGAUUAAAAGCAUCCAACAGGUUGUUUCCAGCCUUGACAGGCCUAAGUUGCAACUCCUUGCAGUGUCCUCAGCAGGCCUCGGAGGAAUUUUAGUGUACCUGGCGUUAAGAAAGAAGGUCAGGAAAAUUCCUAUCGGUGAUGGAUGGUGGGGAGCAGGGAAGGGGCCUGUCACAGGGGACAAGACCAUUCGCCCCUUUCAGGUGGAGACUUCAGAGGAAGAGAUACAGGACCUUCACAGUCGUAUUGACCAAACAAGGUACACUGAGCCACUGGAGGAUUGUCGAUUCCAUUAUGGUUUCAAUUCCACAUAUCUACAGAGGGUGGUGAACUAUUGGAAGAAUGACUUUGACUGGGAAAAGCAGGUCAGGGUACUCAACAAGUACCCUCAUUUUAAAACCAAUAUAGAAGGACUGGAUGUACACUUUAUUCAUGUGAGGCCCUCUAACCCUGCUGGGCAGAAGGUCCUGCCUCUCAUGCUGGUCCAUGGCUGGCCUGGUUCCUUCUUUGAGUUCUACAGGAUCUUGCCCAUGCUCACAGAGACUGAGGGGGAUGUAGUCUUUGAGGUUAUAUGUCCCUCCAUUCCAGGCUAUGGCUACUCAGAGGCGCCGCAUAAACAGGGAUUUAACAGUAUGGAUGCUGCCCGGGUCUUCCUCAAGCUUAUGGAGCGACUGGGAUUCCAAGAGUUUUACCUCCAGGGAGGAGACUGGGGUUCCCUCAUCACCACCAACAUGGCUCAGAUGAAGCCUGAAUGUGUGAGAGGUCUUCACCUGAACAUGGCAUUUGUUAUGGCUCAGGGCCUUGGCAUAUUACUUUCUCUCAUCAUUGGCCGCUACCUGCCCUUCCUAGUAGGCUUCACCAGAGAGGAUGUCCGUCGAAUUUUCCCAUUCAUGGAAAGAAAUGUGUAUGAAAUCCUGAGGGAGUCAGGAUAUAUGCACAUCCAGGCCACUAAACCAGACACUGCUGGUUGUGGAUUGAACAACUCUCCAGUGGGCCUGGCUGCCUACAUUCUGGAAAAAUUCUCCACCUGGGCUGAUUUUAAGAACAGAGACUUGGAGGAUGGAGGUUUGGAGAGGAAGUUCAGCCUGGAUGACCUUCUAACGAAUGUAAUGAUCUACUGGACCACAGGCACCAUCAUCCCGUCAAUGCGUUUCUACAAAGAGAACCUGAAAUCCAGCCUUCAAAAGAGGGUGGAUUACAAAACACCUGUGUAUGUACCCAUGGGAUUAGCAGCCUUUCCAAAUGAGCUGACGCACUGCCCGCAAACCUGGGCCCGCAAGAAGUUUAAGAAUAUCACAACCUACUCAUACAUGCCUCGUGGAGGACACUUUGCCGCCUUUGAAGAACCUGAGUUGCUGGCUCAGGACGUUUUCCAAUUUGUGAGAAAGGUGGAGAGCAAAAGGUCAGCCUAAAGGCUUCAGCAGUGUCUACAAAAUACAUAGAAAAUUAAAGCACACUAGAAUGAACCAGUGCAUUCACCAAUAUUGUGACAUCUGCUUAUUUGUUUCUUUGAAAUACUAAGUUAGCAAAACUUCACCAAACCUGAACUUAAUGUGAUUCUGAAAUAAACUCUUAAAUGUUGAUUAUAACGUUUUUUAUAAUUGGAAAACCUUCUCUGUGAUGUUUUCUUAAAUAUUAAGGCUGAAUGAUUAACGGAUUUUGUGCUUCUGAUUCAUAUCUUUAUAUAAUUUUGCAAGUAGUCCGUUUUCUUAUCAUGACGGAAAUAAACCGCCUACCUGCAACAAGUUGAUGAGUCUGAAGGUAGCCUAACAUGUUGCUAUGCCCAGCGGACUAUACAUUAUCCCUUACAUGUUCGAUUGUUCUAUUUUCUAUGAUAAUUAAAAACAUGUAAUAAAUACAUGUUGAAAGCAA